AGGCUGCCAGAGGGAAAGAGCUACCUGCUUCGGCGCAGUGCUGAGCCGCUCGCUCCCUGGCCCGCCUUAGAGACCCGUUUCGAGCCGUGGCCGCCGCCCGCUCUCCCAACUUCUGUUUCCACCUGCCGCGGGCUUCGCCUGGAAAGUUACGGACCUGUCGUCGUUUCCCUCGAGAGAAACAAGUCGUUGCUGCUCACUGAGGGAGAGGCGAAGCUAGCUAGCCGGGGCACUCGCUCGCCGUGCCUGCCUACCUGCCUUCCCUUCCGAAGAAGCGCCCGAAGCCGCCGCCGUUCGCUCUGAGCUUUGCGGGGAGGCGGGAUGGAGACCCCCUCUGCCGCCUCCUGUCGCCGCCGCCCGCUGAAGCCGCCUCUCCUCUUGUGCCUGCUACUCUUUGCCCUUUGCCCGCAGCCAGGCCUUGGAUUGUACACAGUAAAUACCGUAUAUGGAGAUACCAUUAUUUUGCCUUGCCGUAUAGAGGUUCCUGAUGAUCUUAUGUUUGGAAAAUGGAAAUAUGAAAUUGCAAACAAGGCUCCAGUAUUUAUUGCUUUCAGAUCCGCCACCAAAAAAAGUGUACAUUAUGAUGAUGUACCAGAAUAUAAAGACCGAUUGAGUCUUUCAGAAAAUUAUACCUUAUCAAUAACUAAUGCAAGAAUUAGUGAUGAAAAGAGAUUUGUAUGCAUGCUGGUAACGGAGGACAAUGUCUUUGAAGAGCCUACAAUAGUCAAAGUGUUCAAACAGCCAUCACCACCUACAUUCGUAAAUAAAGCAGAAUUUCUGGAAACAGAACAGCUAAAAAUGCUGGGGGAAUGUAUUUCAAAAGAAGGUUAUCCAGAGGGAAACCUUACGUGGUACAGAAAUGAAAAGGUUUUGCAGCCUGUUGAAGGAGUUGUAGUCAUAAAUGAACAAACAAAUGUUGAUAAAGCAAGUGGACUCUAUACUGUGAUAUCUUCUCUGGAAUAUAUGCCAACAAAAGAAGAUACAAAUGCAUAUUUCACCUGUACAAUAACAUAUCCAGGACCAAAAAGACAAGAAACAAUACGGUCAGAAUCUAGAGUCUUCAAUAUUCACUAUCCUACAGAGAAGGUUAAAAUUCAAGUAGUUUCACAACGAAAUACCAUUAAAGAAGGAGAUAACAUCACCCUAAAAUGUUCAGGAAAUGGUAAUCCUCCACCUGAGGAAUUUUUGUUUUAUAUCCCAGGAGAACUAGAACCUAUAAAGAGUUCAAGUAUUCAUAUAUUAUCCGAUGUAAGAAGAAAUGCAACAGGAGAAUAUGGAUGUUCUCUGACUGAUAAAAGUUUAACAGAUUCUACUUUAAUUACAGUACAUUAUUUGGAUUUGUCCCUAACUCCCAGUGGAGAAGUUAUUAAACAGAUUGGAGAAGCAUUACCUGUAUCCUGUACAGUUUCUUCUAGUAGAAAUGCUACUUUGUUUUGGCUAAAGGACAAUACCAGAAUGCGGUCAAGUCCAUCUUUUUCAAAUUUACAGUAUAAGGAUGCAGGAAAUUAUAUCUGCGAGACUACCUUACAGGAGGUUGCAGGGUUAAAGAAGAGACAAACACUUACACUGAUAGUAGAAGGAAAACCUCAGAUCAAAAUGUCAAAGAAAACCAGCACAGAUGGAACCUUUAAAACAAUAUCUUGCCAUGUGGAGGGUUAUCCUAAGCCAGCAGUACUAUGGACAGCUACAGGCACUGGAAUCCUUACCAAUAAAACAGAAGAGACUAAAUAUGUCGAUGGAAAGUUUUCCAGUAAAAUCAUAAUUGCUCCUGAAGAAAACGUUACUCUAACAUGUACUGCAGAAAAUCCACUAGAAAGAACCGUAACGUCUUUGAAUGUAUCUGCUAUAAAUAUUCCAGAAUCUGAUGAACCAGAUGAAAGAAAUAAUGAUAAUAGGGAAAAUGUUAAUGACCAGGCAAAACUAAUAGUGGGAAUCGUGGUUGGUCUUCUUCUAGCAGCUCUGGUUGCUGGUGUUGCUUACUGGCUAUACAUGAAGAAAUCAAAGGAUUUCAACGGAGAGUCUGAGAAGGAAGCAGCACAGAACAUUCAAAACCUCCCGAGGACUGCAUCAAAACAUGUAGAUAAAGAUCUUGGAAAUCUAGAGGAAAAUAAAAAGUUAGAAGAAAACAAUCACAAGUCAGAAGCUUGAGAUACAGAAUGAGUCAGCCAUCAGUCCAGGAAUAUACAUAGACCAACUGAAGCAUGAACAUGGAUUGUAUUUAAGAUAUAUACAAAAGAUGUGACAGCUAUUCAUGGUUCAAGUAUUUAAAAAGACCAUUCUACCAAGUUUAAAGGAAUUUACACAGUUAUCUCAAGCUUACAAAAAGAAAGGAAACUAAUUUUGGCAGCAGCCGUGAUAAUAGGUCACAAAGUUGUGUUUUGUUUCAAUAUAUAUUUUUUUUGUAAAUGUCUGCACUGAAAAUUUCUUUUGGUUUGCCUUUAUGUAAAUUUUUUACGUAGCUAUUUUUAUACACUGUAAGGCUUUGUUCUGGGAGUCGCUGGUAAUCUGAUAUAUAGUGUAAUGUUUUUCUUUCAGUUGUUUUUCACACCCUUUCAAGAGGUACAUUUCUAAUUCUGAUUGCUAUCAGUAAAGUUCCUACUUUGCACAGCAAGUAUCUAAUUUAUAAUAUUGCCUUAUGGGAAAAUGAGACACUUUCUUUGUUUUUCAAUCACUACUAAGGAAAAAGGGAAAAAUAAAUCUGAUUAUAAAAAAAAGCUGCAGUUUAUAAAAUAAUGAGAAAAUGAUCAACUAUAAUGGACAUGUACAUAAUUUUCAAAAGGAGAGUUGGUUGUUAAGCAAAAUUCAUGUUGUUAUGUAUACAAAUGUCUACUAAUGUCUUUUUUAGACAGGAAAACCUUUUUAUUGAUAGCAUUCUGAAAAACCAAUUGUUCUUGCAGUUCCAUAAUAUACAGUAUGAAUGACUGGAAUUAUGAAUUAGUUCUGAAAUGUUUUGUUAUCCACUGCCUUAAGAAAAAAAAUCUUAAUUUUAAAGAAGAAAAUCAGACAGAAUUGGAUUUUUUUUAAAAAGUAAUCAUAUCAAAGCUGCAUUUUUCCACAAAAUAGAAUAUAUAUAUAUAUAUAUAUUUUGUGUGUGUGUUUUUGUUAACUACACUACAAAUAUUGCACCUUGAGAUAAUUUUAGUGGUUUUUAACCAGUACAUAAUUUAUCAAAAAGUACAUGAAAUUGUAACAAUGAAAUUAAAUCUAUGUAUCUUUAGUUACAUUCAAGAUUGUAACUUUAUAAACCUGUUUUAUGCUUGAGAAUUUUUUAGAAAGUUAGCAUAAAAAGAAAUCUUUGGAUAGAUCAGGGCAACUAGACAACAGUAUUUAGUAAUGUUUCCUCAUUUCGUGGAAAAAUAGCAUCUGGGAGAAUGUAAUAGAUACUUUUGAUCACAGCAGAAAGUUAUUAGGAGUAAGUAUCGGGUUUCUGUUUACAGAUUUAUGAGCCAGGAAAACAGGAAUGUUUUUUUUAGAUUGCAGGGAGGUUAGUAGAAGAGAAAUUUGAUAUGGAAAUUAGGAAAUGUAUUUGCCACUUAGGAAAAAAAACACUGUUACUUGUAAAUUUGUAAAAUGUAAAAUGUCUGGGCAGUAGUGACUGAUGUCUUAAAUAAAAGCUUCUGUAGCGUAUUGGCAUGGAUUAAA